UUUCGUAUCAGUUUGCCCCCCGAUUACAUAUGUUGCUCGACUAUUCUGGCGGUGGCUAAACGUAGUCCGUAGAAUCUGAAGAGGGUGACGAGAUAAAGGCAGUCAUAGAUAGGACAGGGGCGAGCGAAAUAGAGAGAGAUAAAAGAAAACGGUGAGUACAAGAUGCUUCUUUUGACUGUCAACCGACAUCUCCAAUGAAUGAAAUACAAAAUGACUAAGUCUAAUAUCCACGGUAAUAAUGAUAAUGAGUCUAUAGUUUCUCGUUGGGAAAUGUUCUUGUGCAACUUCCACCCCGUUCCUACGCCUUGCGAAAUAGUUCUCCAUGUUCAAAUUCGUCAUUUAUCCCUACACCAACAGCGACUCCAUGCGAAUACAUCAUUCGUAUCUCUAUGCCUUUUCCUUGUUGCGAUCGAAUGUGUGCUAGGAACACAUUAG